AUGAAGCGCGCCAGGAGUCCAUCACCACAGGAGUUACGAGCCAGAGCCUUGCCAAAUUCUUUGCUUAGUGAGUGGAAGCUUCUUCACGGCUCCGUUUUGGCGUUGUUGCCGUCUGCCGAUGCGGUGCGGCGCUCGCUGUUUGGCGUUCCUGGAAAGGGCCUGCACCUCAAGGUGGCCGCCUUUGACUUGGACGACACACUCAUUCUGCCGCGGAGCGGGGCGGUGUUUCCUCGCGACAGCCCCACGGACUGGAGGUGGUUGCUGCCGGUCGUGCCGCAGUACCUGCGGCUGUUGUACGAUGCGGGCUUCAUGGUUGUCAUCCUGAGCAACCAGGCCGGUAUCGGGGGGAAGGCGUGGAAUGAGAAGAAGGCGGAGAGCGUCAAGCAGAAGAUUGUCAACAUGAGCGAGGCACUUGCGCUGCCGUUGACCGUCUUUCUUGCCACGAAGGAGGACGUCUGGCGCAAGCCGAACGUGGGAAUGUGGGGACUGCUCCAGGACCACGCGAGUGCCGCCGUGUCGGAGAAGCUGCUUGUGGCCCGCGACCCUCCUGGGUGCGCCCUCUACGUGGGAGACGCCGCUGGGCGCAAGACCCCCACCUUGGCGGGGCGAAAGAAGGACUUUAGUUGCUCCGACCGCAAGUUUGCCUUCAAUGCCGAUGUGCCGUUUCUUACGCCGGAGCAGCUCUACCGCUGCCCGCCGACGGAACUGUUUGACGGCGACGGCGCCAGCGCGCCAAAGGCAGCGGGGAAAGUCAUCUCCAAGCGUCUCCUAGCGGCGGCGGCUGCACCGUGCGAGGUGGACUGGGGCGGCCUGGGCCCCAGUGAGCUUGAAAAUCUGCCGUCGUCGUACGAACACCUCACGCUUCACCGCAUCAACGCGGAAGGUGAGCGGUGCAGCUUUGCGACGUCCGCCCCCGCGGUGUUCCACAGGACGGCGCAGGAGAUGGUGAUAUUCGUGGGAUACCCUGGCUGCGGCAAGACGACGUUUUUUAGCCGCUUUUUACGGCCGGCUGGCUACAUCCACAUUAACCGCGACACCCUCAAGACAAAGGCGAAGUGCUUGUCGGAGUCCGCAAGGUGGUGGGACGCCGGCAAAAGUGUUGUCGUGGAUAACACAAACCCGUCGCAUGCCGACUGUAUGGAGUUUAUCGCUCUCGUGCGGCGUUCGUGUCCGGGACGGACGCCACUGCCGGUACGCGUGUUUGUCUUUCAGGCCUCGAAGGCGUUGGCGAUGCACAUGUCGAACGUUCGUGCCCGGCUUGGCCUUUCGCCGCCCAUCGGCCGGAUUGCGUACAACGUGUUUCAGUCAAAACAUGAGGCCUGGACACCGGCAUCCGUGAAGGCGGCGAAUGUCGAGGAAGUGCUCGAGAUACCGCCGGUGGCCUGCUUCGAUGGCCUGCAAGAGGGCAUGCGGCGGGAGUUUUUUUUGCUGUCGUGA